AUGAAACGAGUGAGUGAGUUUGAUACGAUUGAAGACUUCUGGGGAACGAUCAACAACAUUCCUCCACCAAGCAAACUUCCUGUUGGGUGUAACUACCAUCUCUUCCGUGAAGGGAUCAUGCCUAUGUGGGAAGAUGCUCACAACGCCAAGGGUGGAAAAUGGACUUACAAUGAGAAAAGAAAUGGCGGAAGAUCAACCAAGACGGUUGAUGAUAUGUGGCUUUACACGAUGCUGUCUCUGGUGGGUGAAACUUAUCCAGACUCCGACCAGAUCUGUGGAGCCGUUUGUUCGUUGCGACAGAAGCAUGACAGGGUGGCGGUCUGGACCAAGGAUGCUCAAGACUCCGAUGCCUAUGAAGUCAUUGGGAGAUUGUUUCGUGAUGCCCUCUUGCAAGCCUUAGGAAGUGGAAGGAUUAUCAACGAGAAAGACUACGAAUAUCAGCCACAUGAUGAAUCGCUCAAGAAGCUGAUGGGGACGCGCAAGAGAUGA